CCCGAGCCGAUGCGAUGCGAGAGAUGCUUUGGCAGGCCAUAAUAGUUAUUGUCAUUUUUUACUGUGAAAAAUAAUUACCUCUUUUAAUGGUUUGCAACCUUUUGGAAGGAAAAUGUUGGCUUUACCAGUGAUCGAAUUGUAGUUUUCGGGCAUAAAAUUGAUUACCAACUGGUGCGCGAUCGGCUGGUUGUAAAAAUUGUGUGAUUAUCGAACAUUCGCGGCAGUUCUGCUGAGUUUUCUCUCCGCCUUCAACCAAUCGGUCAAAACAAGAGUUUCGGAUUCUCGCGGAUUGGUGUUCGGGGGGCACGGAUCCACACAAUCCGGCGGCAAGAUGUCUACGGGGCUGGUGGACAAAUCGUUCGUCAGCAGCAGCGACGAGCUGUUCUACCUCAAGUGGAACAACUUCCAGAAGAACGUGAGCACCCAGUUCGAGAAGCUCCGGGAGGAGGACGACCUGGUGGACAUCACGUUUGCAUGCGAGGGAAAGAAGCUGACCGCCCACAAGCUGGUGCUGUUUGCGUGCAGUCCGUUUUUUAAGGAUCUGCUGAAGAAAAAUCCGUCUCCGCAUCCGGUGUUCUUCAUGAACGAUGUCAAGUACGACGUGCUGAAGGCGAUUCUGGAGUACAUGUAUCUGGGCGAGGUGCACAUCACCAAUGAAAAUCUGAAGGAUUUCAUCAAAACGGCGGAGGGUUUGCAGAUUCGUGGGCUGAGCAAGGAGAAUAAUGCUCUAUCAAAUACGCAGGCUGACAUGGUGAUCCCUCCCGCAAACCAGCAUGUUCCCCUGCGUAAAGAGGAAAAGGAAACCACCGUGGUGGAGAACGUCCUACUGGAGGAAUUCUGUCGCAAGCGCCCGGAGCCGGGUGAACUCACACAUACCACGGUCGGGCUGAACAUCAAACGGAUGAAAACCGUCGAUACCCAGAUCCCGUCAGUGGGCGGCCAGGACAAUGGAUCCAAUGUAGAACCCAAGGUGGAGAUGGUCGAGUACUUGGAAACGGAAAGCACCAACCACCAGUCGCCGACCUACUGCAGUAUGGACAAUUACACGGAAAAGAGCAACUCCCGGAACAACAUUACCCACAUGGUCCAGAUUAAUGCAGCUGGUUUCACGCAAACCCAAACGCAACCAGGCAGUUCGGGACACCAGCAACAACCGCAGCAACAACAACAGCAGCAUGUUCAACAUGAGUACAAAUCCGAAGAAGACAGCAGCUGGAUGGACAAAUCGCUCGACAACAUCUCCGUAAACUCCGAGCAACCGACCGGAGGCAAGUUCAAGCCCAAAUCCGGCGGCAACCGCUCGAAUCGUUCAACAGACGACAAAACCAACUGCCUGACGCCUCGCUGCUGUCCGGUGUGCUCCCGGUUGUACUCCAACGUGUCCAACCUGCGGCAACACAUGCGACUAAUCCACAACCCAACGGCGGUCUGCUGUCCCAUCUGCCAGAAGCACUUCAACUCAGAGCUCUAUCUGAAGCGGCACUACUCGUCGAUCCAUUCGAUCAACACCGGUGGCAACCAAUCCGACGGCGAGAUGGUCGAUCAGAAGCCACCGCCAUCGCAGUUGGCCCAAGUACAGCAAACGCAAGCCCAAACUCCCCAGCAGCAGCAACAGCAAACCACUCAACAACAACAGCAGCAACAGCAACAACAACAACAGCAGCAAACCCAACAGCAGGCCACGGCACCAGCCAGUACCAACACCUGGAAUCCAUAUCACCAUCACGAUACGACCCAGCUGGUGAAUCCAUUCAUAAAAUAAUCACUAUUAGCGGUCACCACCUCUCCUAGUAGUGGUAAGUCACAUGUGCAGGUACAACAGCAACAGCCACAGCAAGAGCAGCCAAGUCUUUCUCAGUUCGUGACAAUCUGCUCGUUGGGUCGGAUAGCAGCUGUCCGAGAUGACGUUACUUCGCUGCUACGGCAGUGAUUAUGUGUUUGAUUUCGUUUUAGGUUAUCUGUUAGGUAAUUAGGCAACUGAAUGUCUAUAGUGGAACGUUUCUCCGUGUAUAACGGUUUAUAGGGAUUGAAGACAUAAUAUAUAAUUGUUAUCGAGUUACUUGACCGUGGUAUGGCAGGGACCACACGGAAAUCAGUGGCUUAUGGAAUCGAACGUUGAAACCCUGCUAUGUAUCUUCUUCUUCUUGGCGCAACGUCCCAAUUGGGACAAAAGGUUGAUUCUCAGCCUUUUUAUCCACAGUUAUUUACCCUCCAGUGAUCGCGUUAUUGUAUUUCGCUUUUUGUACGCUGUUAUUGUAUCUCGCUUUUUGUACUCAGCAUUAGCGUGGUACUGGCGAAGACGGCCAAUCACGCAAGAUGCGGAAGGUUUACUGAGAGCUUUUUGUAACUUGUCCUGCCUACCAUAUCAUUCGGGCUUUGGCAACCUUCUGGAUGCCGGGUUUAGCGUAGAGCGCAGGGAGCUCGUGAUUCAUUCUUUGGCGUCAUACAUUGUCCUCCCGCACACUACUAAAGCUCGCCCUUAACACUCGAAUUGCUUGCUUGUAGGUCCUCUUCGAGCAUUGUCCAAGUCUCAUUUCCAACGUUUAUUUUAGGCUCAUGCGCCAACAGACAUAACGGUGUCGAAUUCAUAUGAAACUUGUGUUUACAAUUUCACAUUUUGAUCUUAUUGACUGUGUUAGUUUUGGGGAACCGUAAUGCUUACAGUUUGGUCGAGUUGAAGGGAAACAAUAAUAUUCGAGCAAGAAAGAUGAUGAAGGGAGCUUUUUGUUGACACUUGACAGCAUGGUGUGGCGUAUUGCUGCUGGUCAAGACUAGCGUAGUAGACAAACGACAAUCUGUAACGAUACAAACAAACUAUUUUCGAAGGGAUACGAGGCGAACAAGUGGAACAACAGGACGGGGUAUCAAACGAAGACUUCAGCUUGUUUCAAAAAGUCGUACACAAGAUUCAUGUCCUCAAGAUCAAGUUCACCCAACACAUCUUUAAUGUCUUCCUUUUCUGGUUUCCCCGGUCUCCGAGAGAUAUACAUAAAUCGGAUCUGUCAAUACGGUAUUCGGGGCUUUCCCACAAAACAUGGUUGAUAUCUUGAUAACCGGCACCACAGCUACAACGAUUGCUAUUAUCUGUGAGCUCUAUUUGAUAGAAAUGCGAGCCCAGAGAGACGUGAUUGGAGAUAAGUCGACACAUUAUCUUGAUAAAACCAGUCAGUCGUUUGCAAGGAACCGAGUUAGGCAUAUUCCUAAAACUGCUACUAACGCUUCGUGGACGUGCGACUAGUGUCACCAAGCAUUUAGUCGCAUCGUGUUGAGGAGCGCGGGUUCGAUUCCUACCGCAGCUGUCAGGAUUUUUCGGCUGUGCCGCUGGGCGUUGCAUGCUAGUCCGUUGUCUAGUGUCGUGCUUCUUUCAAUGUGCCAAUAGCUCACUCGAAAUAUUAAACGUUUCCGUGUUUAAGGCUUAUCCUGGGUCGUUCGGUUCACCUUCCUGCAUGUAAUUCGUUUUCGAUACAUUGGCCACCUGACCGGCCUUUGCUGCUUCGCGUUUCAGGCGGGUGUACAGCUUUGUCACCGUUCCAAAUGAUCUGCCGAUGAUAGGGUAGCGAACCACUUGGGCACUCUUCGCUAUAACUCAGUCAAUUCUAAACCAAUUGACUUGACAUUUUGUACACGACUAGAUACUGUACGUAUCCCGUCGCGUUCCAGAAAUUGUGCCAAUAGGAGGCAAUCAGUGAAGUACUAGAUUGAAAGUAGUGAGGUGGAUUUUUGU